UUUGGGGGGAAGAUAAGUCACAUGAGGGCCUCUUGCUUUCCACCCUUCCUCUCCCCAAAUGGCUCACAGCAAGGUUUUUUUUCGUUUGCCCAACUUGGACUUGGAACAGAAGGGGAACUGCAGCCCAUAGCUGGAGAGGAAUGGAAGGAGCGGGGCCCGUCCGGCCAGGGGCAGCGUGGCAAGGCAGUUUCCAAGCCAGCGCCCGGGCGUUAGGCUCGCUGGCUCUGCUGGCUGUCAUGCUCGUGUGACUCUGGGCUGUCCCUUGGCUCCCCAGACCCUCAUCGUUUCCUUCCGUAGCCUGGGGUGUGACAGGCCCCCUGUGUGAUGGUUAGAAGGGAGAGAUUGAGAAAACCACAGAGUGGAUGGUUGAGCUGUGGUGGGAGCUUCUGGGGACAUGUCUCUCCUCAGCGUCUCUGCUGAAGAUAGCGCAGCAAGUGUCACCGUGGGGCACACCGCUGCCCGCGCACGCUCUCCUGUGGAAGCCGAGGCACAGCAUCCACAACGGGGUCAUUGCCGUCUUCCAGCGCAAGGGGCUGCCCGACCAGGAGCUCUAUAGCCUCAACGAAGGCGUGCGGCAGCUGCUGAAGACGGAGCUGGGGUCCUUCUUCACGGAAUACCUGCAGAACCAGCUGCUGACGAAAGGCAUGGUGAUCCUGCGGGACAAGAUCCGCUUCUAUGAGGGACAGAAACUGCUGGACUCGCUGGCAGAGACGUGGGACUUCUUCUUCAGUGACGUGCUGCCCACGCUACAGGCCAUUUUCUACCCGGUGCAGGGCAAGGAGCCGUCGGUGCGCCAGCUGGCCCUGCUGCACUUCCGGAACGCCAUCACCCUGAGCGUGAAGCUGGAGGACGCGCUGGCCCGCACGCAUGCCCGCGUGCCCCCCGCCGUCGUACAGAUGCUGCUUGUGCUGCAGGGAGUGCAUGAGUCCCGGGGCGUGACCAAGGACUACUUGCGCCUAGAGACACUGAUCCAGAAGGUGGUGUCGCCCUACCUGGGCACCUACGGCCUCUACUCCAGCGAGGGCCCCUUCACACAUUCCUGCAUCCUGGAGAAGCACUUUCUGCGCCGCUCCCGCUCCGGGGAUAUCCUGGCCAAGAACCCAGUGGUGCGCUCCAAGAGCUACAACACCCCACUGCUGAACCCCGUGGCAGAGCACGAGGCCGAGGGAGCAGCAGCCGGCGGCCCCGGCAUCCGCAGGCACUCGGUCUCGGAAAUGACGUCCUGCCCCGAGCCCCAGGGCUUCUCCGACACGCCUGGCCAGGCUCCCCCUGGGGCCUUCAGACCCUCUGCGGGUCCCCAGUCGGGGCCCUGCCCCAGCAGACUGUAUCCCCCCGCCCAGCCCCCCGAGCCUGGCCUGGGCACAGCCCGCAGCUCCCCGCCCUCCUCCAGUCCAGAGAACCUGGUGGACCAGAUCUUGGAAUCCGUGGACUCGGAUUCGGAAGGGAUCUUCAUUGACUUCGGCCGGGGCCGGGGCUCGGGCACAACCGAGUUUGAGGGGGCCGGGGGUCGGCAGAGCAUCAUGUGAGGGCCUCAAGUUUUUACUGACCCCGUGUGUGUGCCUGUGGGGUGCGUGUGUGCAAGAAUUUUUUUACUCUGUCCUGUCCGGUCGGCUGUGGGCCCCAGCCAUGUUGCCAUUCCUGAGUCUUUGUUGGAAAAAGCAUCACCACCUGAGCCCCUGGCCCCGCUCCAUUGGCCGCUGCACCUGCCUCAUGCGGGUCACCAGGAGCACUGGUCCACCCUGUGUGCACGGAACAGACCUGGCCACCACCCCCCGCCCCGGCCUGCCCCAGCCCGCCAGCGUCCACACCCACGGAGACUGAAUCCUGUGGCUCAGCCAGGCCUCCAGAAUGAUUCCCAGAGCAGUGGGGGUUGGUAGCAGACCCGCCUUCCCCCUUCCCGCUCACCUCAGGCCACAGCGUGACCCAUGUGCGCGUGUCCCACACCCUCCGCACAGCCUGUCCUCACUUUGCUCGGGGCGGCCGUGGGCAGGAAGAGGCUGGAAUAAAGCUGUCUGCCCGGAUCCCGAGCUCGUGUCUGCGACACCAGGCCCAGACAUCUUUCCCUGGUGUUCACCCUCCGAUUUCCUCUUGCCUCGCUGGGGCCUCCCCUCCCCGCUCCCAGGAAGGGCGGGCUCCUAGAGUCCAGUUUGUCUGUCCUGUCCUGACAGUGGGGCCCAGAGGCCCCAGAAGGCAGAGCUGGGAAGCUGGGUAGCCUCUCAGGAGUGGUCGGAACCACGUAGGGGAGGGGCACACUCAAAGGGUCAGGGGUCAGCGUGGCCCUCAGCGGGAGAAGGGCAUGUGAGGUUUCUUCUGGGCUGGAGGAGGGAUGUUCUUUGCACCCGAUUAAAAGCCGACCCUCUGACUCCCA